GCCGGGCCCGCGGCGAUCCCCGCUGGCGGCCCCGGGCCGGGCCCUCUCCCCGCCGCCGGAGCGUGGCCGCGGCCUCGCCCCUGCCCCCGGCUCCGCGCCUCGCCGCCGCCUCCGGGGCGCAGCGGCGCCUUUGCCGCGCUCCCGCCCGCCGUUCCCCGCUCCGGCCGCCGCGCAGGCCGCGGCCGGCUCGGCGGAGGCUCUAGGGGGGCCGGGGAUCUCGAGUUUUAGGGCCUUUACGAGGCUUUGCCGUAACCGCGCCGAGCAGCUGAGAGACGUACCGGGAAAGCCGCUGGGGAAGAGGAACGGGCGUUACUGGCCCGGGGGCCGGUCCGCGGGGAAGAGGUUGAGCCGCGUUAACUGGGAUAAAACUUGCCGUCUCAGUGUAACAUGAAAAUCUUCUCGAGCUGAUGUAUUCGCUACGUUUGGAAGCUGUACAGUCAUCAGCUUCUUAGCUGCUCUGCUUGCUGAUACUGAAGAGUCUAGGAUUUUUGACUAUUCAAAAUGAAUGAACAUCCUAAAAAGAGGAAAAGGAAGACUCUACAUCCUUCUCGAUAUUCAGAUUCUUCAGGUGCAAGCAAAUACAUAGACAACAGUGGAAUUUUUUCUGACCACUGCUAUAGCGUCUGUUCUAUGAAACAGCCAGAUAUAAAGUUUUCUGAAAACAGAGCUAGAUUCCACAGUCCUGUGCAGAGCCUAGACACAGAUGAUGAUGGGAGUCCAGUGCAUGCUGGGACUUCUCAGUGGAGCAGUUCACAUUCAAACGUUGUGGGGUUGCACUAUGCAGACCCUAAAAAAAAGGAUAAAGAUAAAGGUACUAAUAAUGGAAUGUGCAGAGACUUAUGUGAUUCACCUAUAUUCAGUGACAGCCCUACAGAAGAAGAGAAACCUCUAGAUAUUCAAACUGUAGAAAUUUCUACAACAGAAGUGAAUGCUGUAGAAGUUCACGAUAUAGAAACACAAACUGUGUCACCUGAGAAGCUGGAAGCUGAGGACCUAGAGGAAAUCCCUCUGGAAACCUGUAAAAUCUUUGAGAAGAACCAGGCUUUGAAUAUCACAGCUCAACAGAAAUGGCCUUUGCUGAGAGCCAACAGCAGUGGCUUAUACAAGUGUGAGCUCUGUGAGUUUAAUAGCAAGUACUUUUCUGAUUUAAAGCAGCACAUGAUCCUGAAGCACAAGACAUGUGCAGACACUCAUGUCUGUAAAGUUUGUAAAGAAAGCUUCUCCAGCAAAGUGCAGCUCAUUGAACAUGUGAAACUACAUGAGGAGGAUCCGUACAUCUGUAAAUACUGUGACUACAAAACAGUGAUAUUUGAGAAUCUGAGUCAGCACAUAGCAGACACUCACUUCAAUGACCACCUUUAUUGGUGUGAGCAGUGCGAUAUGCAGUUCUCCUCGAGCAGUGAGUUGUACCUGCACUUCCAGGAACACAGCUGUGACGAGCAGUAUUUGUGUCAGUUCUGUGAGCAUGAAACAAAUGAUCCAGAAGAUCUGCAUAGCCAUGUGGUGAAUGAACAUGCAUGUCGACUGAUAGAGUUAAGCGACAGCUAUAAUAACAAGGAGCGUGGACAGUACAGUCUCAUAAACAAAAUCAGUUUUGACAAAUGCAAAAACUUCUUUGUAUGCCAAGUAUGCGGCUUUAGGAGCAGGCUGCAUACAAAUGUCAACAGGCACGUAGCUAUUGAACACACCAAAAUAUUCCCUCAUGUUUGUGAUGACUGUGGGAAGGGCUUUUCAGGUAUGUUGGAAUAUUGCAAGCAUUUAAGCUCUCAUUUAUCUGAAGGGAUUUAUUUGUGUCAGUACUGUGAAUAUUCAACAGGACAGAUUGAAGACCUUAAAACUCACUUGGAUUUCAGGCAUUCAGCAGAUUUGCCUCAUAAAUGUACUGAUUGUUUAAUGAGGUUUGGAAAUGAAAAAGAUCUUUUAAGUCAUCUUCAGAUACAUGAGACAGCGUGAUUACUUUCUUUUCCUGUAAUCUAUUUGUUAGAAUUGGAAUUAACUUCCAGUCACUGAAAUGUGAUAUUAAAUACAAUUUUAACAGCAAUUGUACAAUUCUAAUGUUUUCAUCUUUAUAUCGGCAAAGCAUGUACAACAACUUGGUGUUGUGAAUUUUCUUACCUAGGAGUUUCAGUAGGAAUAAUCACGUUUACAGUGUGAUGGAUCAGAUUUUGGGGGGAGGGACAGUGGGAGUAGUUGCAUGUUGUGAUAGCAGUUCUGAUGGUCAUCCCGCACUUUCACAUCUAAUAUACAAGACCAGCUCUCUGGAGUUUAAAAAGGGACAAAGAGAAAGCCAACAUCUAGUUCCACACUUAAGUAACACCAUACUGAUCUCAAUUGCAUAUCCAGCUCAUGUUACCCUCUGGCAGCAGGUCACUUGUGCUGAUGUUUAGCAAAUUGCACCAGCCUGCCAAAGAUAAGGGUGUUCCAAAAAUUCCCAAGCAUGGACAUCUCCAAAUUCACAUACCAGCCUGCGUUUCCCACCUCAUACUCUUGAUAAGCUUUUAAAAUUGUCCUGUACCUAUCCGACCUCAUUGUUCACUUUCUCUGUUCAGUGUUUAAUUUCAACUCCUGUCUGUGGGACUAUCCAACAACCCUCUCUUCCACACACUUACUACAGACCUCGCACAUGAUUUUUGUCUCCUUUAUUUACCUUAAUUUCCUAUCUUUUAAAGCACCAAGGAGACACCCAUUGCUUGUGUGUAAAUUGGGUCAUGUUUUAAGGAGUAUUUGUAAGGGAAUUUCGAAAGUGAUCCAGCUGAGAAUGUACAAGUAUGAUUUUUCUUAUCUAAAAUCCCAAUUUAGCUCUCGCUGAAAUGAUGUAUGUCACCAACCUCAUUUAGAGCAAGCCUCUGUUAGUCUAUAUUAUUAUAAUUAUGUAUAUUUAUAAUUAGCUUUCCACCACUGGUAAUUUGAAGAACGUUAUUUUAAUUCUGUACAUUUUAAACUUCUCUAUACUGGCUUAAAACACUGGUACAGUACAAAAAUUUUAUUAACUUUAAUCACUUUCAAAUGGUUUCACGCGUCUGUUCAGAUUAGAUAGUGCUGUCCUGCCAUUAUAAUCAUUAGAAGUGAAUUUUUACAAUUCAUUCUGUAGCUGUAUUUCUGAGUGGAUACUUGGACAGAUAAAAAUAAGGGUGAGGUCAUUUAGAUGGUGCUAGUUAUCAGGGUGAAUUUACCCAUAAAUUAGUGGUGGAAUUUACAUUUCUUUCUGCAUUGGUUGUAAAUUUGUAAUGUAAGAUUGUCUAAUGCAAGCUUUGUAUAGAUAAAAUGAAUGUAUAAAACAUUUCUUGAUCAGUGAGAUUUGGUGUUGUCAGCUUCAAGGCAUGCAAGGGUCUUUGCAUUUGAUUUUUAAAGCUAAGGGUAAAAAUUGGCUGAAUAUAAUCAGUUUACGGAAGUUCUAAUUUCUAGAAAAUGAUUUCUGGAAAGUCUGCUAUGAACCAAUUAGAGUCUAUUUCUUUGAAGGAGGCAAGACCAUUUUCAUCAUUUCAAAAUGCUGUUUUACUACUAAAUCUUCCGUGUAGUCAUUGAAAAGGGCAACCUGAUGGUGUCCUGACUGUAUUUUAUUAGUCUGUUGUACAGAGAAUGACAAUGUCUGUGGUAGAAUUGCUGAUUUCCUAUGUUGAACACAUUCAUCCUGGCUGGCUUAAAAUGGUAGCAAUAAUAUAGUUAACAAAACACUAAUCAGAAUUAUUUUAUAUAUGGAAAGCUAAUUUUGUUCAUAUGGGUAUAACUGAGAGGGUGAAAUGCUGAUUCUCUUAAAAGCCUGCUCUUGGUGACAACACACAGGUGGAAUGGCACAGUUGAGCUCUGGAGAGAAAGCCACUCCAGAGGACAUUGACAAGAAGUAGAAGCCAUUAAAAAAAAAAAAAAAAAAAGUAAGUGGGCUUAAGAAGUGUGCAUGUUUGUAUAGACCAUUGUUGUGUCUCGUACAGGAAAGGUGUUCUCUUGUAAAAGCAGAGAGCCCUGUGAUACAGAAAACUUGCUUGUUGACUCCUGCAUAACUUCAGGUCUAUCUUUGAGUUAUUUCUAAUCUAAACUGGGAAUGGAAAGAAUACCCCAUAGGAAUGUUAUGAAGCCAAAUCAUUCCUAACUAAAAUGCACCCCACGGUAUCUAAUUGGGAAGUACAUACAUCGUCUUAGGUUGGAUUUUAUAAACAAGGGACUAAUGUUAGUAUUUUAGUAUCUGUCAGAAAGUAAAUGGAAAUGUACAGGAGUAGCUCGGCAUAUUUUACCGUGGCAGAAGCACAAGUAGGGUAUCGGCUUCCACAUGAUCAGCAUGCUAAAACAAGAAAGAUACUAAGUUGUAGAAGAAACAGGUAAUGGGUGGAGUCUGUCUAGAAGCUGGCAGGCCAAAAGGAAUGACUGUACAUGCCAAGAACAGUAUGUUUUUCCCAUUGAAGGGAAGACAAGAGUUUGGUUUAUUUAUGUGAAGCCUGUUAAGUGGAAAAUCAGUGCUCUGACAUUGCUGCACUGAGGUGAACUGAGAGCACAUGAAUGCAGCUGGUCUGAUACUGCCAGGGUCUUCAGUCUUCUUUAGCCCUAUAGCUUGAGCAAUUCACCUCAGUCUUGAAUGAGAGAAAUUAACUGUAGUAAUCAGAAGUAUGCCAAGUUUUUUUUCUCUGCAUUACUCAAUAUAUAUCAAAUUCAGUUGUUCAUUGUUCAUUACACUGCUACCUGCAAGGUUAAUCUACUUCAGGAACAGCAUUCUAACUGGAAGCUAUACAAAAUCACGAGAUUGGUUUGGGAAGUAAUUUGUAUUUGAUUCUCUACUUUUCAGACUUUUGAGCCUUUAGGCUAGAUGUGUGUCGUGUAUUUCAGCUUCCUGGAUCAUGUUUGUUAUUGAACAAAAGAACAUUUUUAUAUGAAAGAUUAUGUUGACUUCAAAACAAAAUUUAAAUCUGGCCAAUUAUUGUAAGAAAAUACAGCAAAGUAGUAAUUCUCAACUGUGUUCUCUAUAAUGCUUGUUCAAGUGUCAUUGAAUUUCAUUGUUUGUGGUUGUUCUCAUUUUCUUACACCCUUGUAUCAAAUGUAUAAAUUAUCAGUGCUUUUUAACUCUUGAAAGUACUUAGCAUUUGUCAUUUUAGCUGACUGAUUAAACCACGGUGCUGACAGUACGCAGGAAUCCAAA